UGAUGAUAAUAAAUGUGACGUUACAUAUUGUUAUAAUAAAUUUUCGGUAAAUUCAGUGAAAUUAUCAUUCUGUACUGAACCUCAGAAGGAAACUAAGUGAAUCAAUAAUAAUGAAGGUAUUUCUGCUAUCUUUGUUGGUGGCAGCCGUCGCUGCAGCUCCUAGGAGUCUAGAGGACAAACUUGAACCAGCUCCGGUUCUUUUACCUGCGCCAGUUUUACCUGAAGCUGAAUCUGUGUUUGUACCAAGCCCUGUACUAUUACCUGCACCAGUUUUACCUGAAGUAAAACCAGUUCCUGUGCCAAGCCCUGUACUUUUACCUGCACCGGUACUUCCCGUUAUUGUGCCCGAACCCAAACCUGUUGAAGAACCUUCACUACCCAUAAUCGUAGAAGAGGCAGAAGAGUCUGCACCACAAAUUCCUACUGGUGAAAUUUACAACGAUGGUACUGUUCAAGUAACCCUUAACGCUCCUGAGCAAAGUUACCUAGCUUCUCUGCAGUCUUGGUUCAGCAUGGUAUUGAAUUACAUCAGCAACGGCAUGACAACUUCUCAGCAAAUCGUCUAA